CGACGCCGGUUAUGGCGGCCAAAACAAAAUGCGAAACCAUUUCAUCUUUAAGAAAAUCAAUUCGCAAAGCCAGUAUAUCAAAGAGCGAAUUAGAAACAUCCGAAUUUUUGAUAAUUGCAGUGCACAGAUAUUUAAAUGACCCUAAGCAUGUGUCUCAGAUUGGGGUCAUUGGUGGUCAAGGUCAGUUACUGGAUGUUAUACAGAUCACAUUGGUUGACACUACACAUAAGAUGAGGGCCAUAUUGUCUCCUCAGUUAAACAAACUGGUGCAGACUUGUAAGCUGCAAGCCGGUCACACAGUGAGGUUAAAGAAAUGUCGGCUACAUUUUGACGAGACUGAUCUGUCUGGUAGUAAUGUUGUCAUUGUGGAAGAGGUUCAGGUCACUGGUUUUAAGGAGCUCGAAGAUCCUUCAGAGUUAAGCAGUUUACAAUGGUGUGAAGACAGUGGGUAUUUAGAACAGAUGUAUAUUCCUAUGACAUCAUCAAGAGGGUAUUUUACCAGUGUUUGGUCUACAAUGGAAAUGUAUGGACCUAUCUGGAAAACUACAGUGCCUGCUGUGACUAAGCUAUGUGAUACAAAAAUACAGGAUAUCUACAGCAUUAAAGACUUGGCCAAGAAAUGGAGCACAGUGAAAAUAGCUAACCCCGUGUUGAUGGUGAAAGUCUUGCUAAAAUCUCGGAUGAUUCACUACGCCAAACCUGGAAAGAAUGAUAAAUGGCCAUUCCAGGCACAUCUGCUGAUUGGGGACAAAACUGGGGCUUGUACAGCAGUUCUGUGGAAUGCCAUGUGUCCAAGAUUUUAUUUCAGCAUUAAAGAAGGAACUGUAUUAUUACUCAAGAAGUUUACAGUAAAGAAGAGUUUCCAAUCUCAACCCAGGUUCAAACCCCGGCUACAGAACACCCAGUUCUUUGACAUAGACAUCAACCUGAACAGUCAUCAUCCUGAGUCGGAAGUUCGAGUCUUCGAUAAUGCGUCUAUACCUGAUGAGAUAGAGUUACCUCCCCUGCAGUACAACUUUAUUACAAGAAAGCAAGCAGGAUGUUUACCAAACAAUUUUAUAUGUGAUAUAGCUGGGAUAGUGUCAUAUGUUGGGAGAUUUGAGAGAGAGCCAAUGAAUACAGAUAAAUUUGGUGUAGAUAGCGGUGGAUUCUGGGUAAGAAGAUGGAUACAGUUGAUUGACGCGUCCAGUUCUAAACCAUUCUAUCUUCAAAUAUACAAGAUUGCAGAGGGUAUGACAAAUUUAGAUAUACAUCCUGGUGUAAAAUUAGUAUGUUCACAUGUUAGACUGGUUCAGAAUUUAGAUCAUCUUUCAACUUCUCAUACAAGUAGACUGGUUUUUCUUACUACCACUGCUGAAUCUCAGAUAAGUUUGUUGAAUGAAGAGCUUUAUGAAGAGUUAAAGGAGAAACCUGUAAUAAAGAGGUUAUGGAAAUGGGCCGCAGCACAAGAAUGCAAGAAUCGGCUAGCUGUGUCAAGUGUUGGUGGCUAUAUUAAUUUUCCACCUCUACCAGACACAAUCGACUCAAUAAAAACUUGUCUAAAAGACACACAGCUUGUAGCUAGUGGUGACUGGGAGAAUACAUUUACAAGUUUUAAUUUCCGGGAAUACAGGCAGAUCCUAGUACAGGCCACAAUGGUCAAAGUCAAGUUCAACCUGGAACAUUGUAAUAGUCAUAUGACUAAAAAGAGUUCUCAGAAAAAGGCAAAGUUAAGUGAUGUAGAAAUGACAUUAGACCCAGAUAUAUACCAGAACGAGCAUAACAUGAUGUCUAUAGGCAGUGGCCAUCUUGAUCGAGAUAUUUCCUUCCCAAUUAAAUAUUCAGCUGACCUUUGGCAAGCACUAAGGUCAUCACUGCAAUUCCCUCAUACAGAGCUAGUGGCAGGUCAGCAAACAGGAGGUACAGACAUAGGUGAGCAUUGUAUAAAGGUACCGUAUAUCAGUAUAACUUGGGCUGGGUUAAACAGUCAAGUUCUCCUAACCUCACACCUACCAAUAGUACAUACUCUUCAAGAUGACGCAUCCUUUUUGAACAUUCUGACUGGUGCCGCUUACUCAGAUACUGAAUCAAAAGCUGGGAACCAGUUUGGAAACAUACAGCAGAUUAUGUCUACGGUGAAAGACUGUGCUGAUAGACGGUUCCUGGUUGUGUUAGAUUGUUACCAAGGUGACACAGAGAACACUGAGAUUAUGGUGAACAGAGCUGCCCUGACUGGUUCCUAAACUUGUGUCAUAAGUUUCAUUGAUCCCUACUCUGACCUUUUAUUGAAUAACAACAGAUUUAACCACAAACAAUGACAUGUGCCUUUUUGUUAACAAAUAAGUUGUGGAAGAAAAUUCUUAUUGUAACCACUAAUACGAUAAUUUAAUUAGACAGGUCAGGAAUCUAUGCAUUGCUAAUUGAGGAUUAGCAUUUUUAGCUGAACAUGUUUUUUUUGUGGGAGGAAAUGUUGAGCUUUUUCUUCUGCUCUUAAGAUGGCAACAGUAUUGGUUAACUAUUUGUGAAAACUCAUAUUCUGUCAAUGUAUCAUUUUAAAGUUUGAAAACUUGCACAAUAUAAACAUAAUGUCAACAUAUAAAGAACCAAUUUCAAAAGAGCAUGUAAUCCAAAAAUUCAUUUUAGUACAGUUAUGCCCCUUUUACAGUGUGAAAUAUUUUUUGAGUGUUGGUUAUCUUUCAUGUUAUGGUCAAUGAUUUCAAUACAAUCAAAACUAUUGCUUAUUUGCUUGAAAUGCUUAUUUAUUAUGUUUAAGCUCAGUUGAAAUCAUAGGCAGAUAACUGUCGUAUGUUAGGGGCGUCCGUGGCUGAGUGGUUAAGGUCCUUGGCUUCAAACCUCACCGCUUUUGGUUUUGAAUCCCAAGAGGGAUUUUGGAUUCUUUCAUGUGAGGAAGCUAUCCAGCUAGCUUAAGGAACAAUGGUGGUUCUACUCAGGUGCCCAUUUGUGCCUAAAAUAAUGCCCGGAAGGGCCCCUGAGGUCUUCCUUCACCAGUAAAGGUGGAACGUCACCAUAUGACCUAUACUGUGUCGGUGUGAUAUACCAAAUCAAACAUGUUAUUUCUAAAUUAUCUCCCUUUUUUCAACUGAAAAGAUUUGUUUUUUUACAUUACUUCCCACUGAGAAUAGUGAAGUGGAUGGCUUCUUGCAAUAUUUUUAUUGACAUUUUUGUCAUCUUGUUUUUAAGGGAUGAAAAAACAUGGAUAAAGCAUAAAAAAAAAUCCAUGUUGAUAGUUUUCUUUUAGCAUAUAAUUAUGUAGCAUGUUAAAUGUAAUAUU